UUCGCCACGUGUCUGCCAGAGCGCGUAGCGCAUGCCGCAUUCGCUGUCCGACUUGUUUGCGCGCCGCAUCGCGUUCAGCCGUCUGGUUCACCGCUGGUUGUCUUCAUCAUCGUCCGUAUAUCGUCCCUGUGUUCCGGAUACACGUACAGGGUCCGGCCGUCACGAGCACGUUCGUGAGCAACGUCGCGCAUCGCCAUGGACCAAAUCGGUCUGCUACUGCAGCAAUACGUGUACGCGAUCCCCGUGGGUAUCGUGCUGGUAUGCGCCAUUCUCGUCUUUGCCUUCGGCUUCAAGAAGGCUGAACAGCCGCCGUUUGCCCAGCUGUCCGCGGGCUCUGACGUGGACCGGAAGCUAACUAAGAAGCGCGGCAAGGUCCGCGAGAAGAAGGCUUCUAAUGGACAAGUCGCAUCUGAAAAAACAAGUCCAAUUAAAAAAACAUUAGCAACAAAAACAGAUGCUCCAAAGAAAGCUGCAAAAGGAGAUGAUGUCGAUGGCAAACUGAAAGAGCGCAAGCAUGAAGACAACAAGAUUGCAACUAAGAAAGAAAAGGAGCAGCCUCUAGUUAAGGCUGGAAAAGAAAAUAAAGUGGAGCAAGUGAAGAACAAGAAAAAUUUGAAAAAUCUAUUUCAGGAAAAACCAGUGGAUUUUGAUGAUGGAGACUGGGAGCAAGCUUAUUCACGCAAGGACAAGAAAAAUAAGAAGAAAGAAGAAGAAUCUCCUUUGAAGAAGAAUAAGAAAACCCCCAAAAAAGCUGAUUUAAUAAAUGAGGCUAAGCAGAAAGAACAGGAGACCCCUGAGAUCAAGGAUAAAACUGUUAAGGAAACCGAGAACAAGGAACUCAAGGAAAAAGAGAAGAAAGAAGUGAUCCUUACACCGAUCUCUAAUGAAGAAAUAAGUACAGCCAAGGAAUUGCAGAAAGAAGAGCAGAAUAAGGCCGAGAAAGUCGAGAAGGAAGAGAGGAAAGGUGGGAAGUCGAAGAAGAACAAGAAAGUGUCUGAGGAUGGGAACACACCCGCUUCACUACCAUCCACACCAAAGUCGGAUAAUAAGAAACCUGCUGCGGAAGAGCCGCAGAAAAAAGCAACUAGCGUAAAAAAGGCAGCUAGCGUAACCAAUAAUGAGGAAGAAAAUAAAGUCGUGGAGAAUAAAGAGAAAACUGCUGUGUUCGAUGAACUAGGAGACGUCUGGACAGAAGCAAAGCCACAGAAAAAAAGUAAGAAAAAAGCUCGUAAGGAUGACUGAGAAUGAUUGCAUAUAAUCCUGUUAUUCCUUUCGAGAAGGAAUAGAAUGAGUGAGAAACCCUUGGUUUAAAAGACGUUUGUCGCUUUUCAACAAAUCAGGUGUGUUUCAAGUGACUUACUAGUUGCGACCGCCUGACCAAAUCGUUCCUUUCUUCUGGUUUGUAAUGCCAAUCGAAUUAGGUUGUUGGAUCAAUUCGAUUUUUUAGUUAUCAUGACUUUGAGAUCACGUGAGAGCGGCGCGUAAUAGGAUGAAGAUUUUUGUACAUUUUUCAUUUUUCUUAGUCCACUAAGUCCACUUAGUCCACACUUGCAUUUAAUAAGAGUGGCAUAAGUCAUAAUUUUCACAUUUACUAUAUAAUUCUUGUACACAUAUUAGGUUUCUUAGGUACCUUUACACAAGUCCAUAAUAGUAUACUUCAUUUAUAUAAUUAUUAAGUCUAUAUAUGUGGUGGAUCUGUGUGUAUCGUAAACUCUUGCAACGGUUAGGAAUGGUACUUAUGCCAUUUGUGUCCUUCGUUGAGUAAUCUUAUAAAGAAUAUUUUGUACAAUCGUGCUAUUUCUACAUUAAGAAGAAUUCUAUGUCCAUUGUCAUUUCGCUGUUACUUAAAUGCCAGUUUUUAAUCUUUUCAUUGAUAUUCUCGCAUUGUAUGCAUACGGACGGUUGUAGGCCAAAACAUAGAAAGUACAUCUCAUAUAUUCCACAGUGAUAUUCAUAAUGCAGGACAAUCUCUGAAAUCGACAAACUCAUAUUGCUGAUGUACGGGAUUGUUUCUACAAUAUCAUAUUUUUCUACGUAAUCGCUAAUGACAAAUUAUUUUUUGCAUCAAACAUAGGAUUGAAGAUUUAUUUUCACACAAUUGACAUAUUCUUAACACUUAUUAUUCUUAUUAAGUACAUCAGUAAUAUGAGUUUCAGGUGGAGCGGUAUAGAUAACAUCACGUAAAUUGGUGACAGUAAAAGUCAUAGUUAAUGUGAUAACGACGAUGAGUAGCUUAGAUCCUGAUCUAAUGCACACACUUGUGUAACAGGAUGUGUAUAUAUAAAUGUUGAAAUUGACGUGAUAUCCUGUGGUCAUUCACAAAUAAUGUGCUUUGUUAAUUAUUUGACGCUUUUUAUGUCUAUAUGAAAACUUUUCUGAUAGAAAACAUGCAGAUAAAGUGUCUUGAUAUUUUUGCAAGUAUAUGUACAUAUAGAUAUUGUUAUUAAUAAUGUUAUUAAUAACAAAGGCAUGCUAAUUUCUUGUGCUUUUUGGUGAAAAGUGUAUGUUUUUGAUUUUCAUUUAUAUAUCAUGACCGACAAUUUUACUCGCAAGCAUGACAAAAUGCUGACAUAUUACUUUCUAUAUCUUUGACUAUGUUUUUACAAAUGCUGUGCAAUUCAGAUAGGAAAUGUUAUGAUAUAAAUAUUACAGCUACUAUAAUUGUAGAAUUUUGAAAAUAGAUCUCAUAAUUUCAAUUUCUGUUUCAUGAACACGUGGUGUGAAGGUGGUGAAGAAAAUGAGAACGAUGGAAGUAAUAUUUUUUAUAAUUUUCACGACUGAAUUUUACAUCCUGUUGCAUCAAAUAUUUUGCAAAUUAUUCUCAGAUAUUUUCUGUCACGCGAACGUUUUGAAUAAUUGAAUUGCGUUAAGCGAGACGAUCAAAAUCAUUCGACCAUCAUUUGUGAACUCAGUCGUUCAUCUCUCAUGCCAUGUAGAAACGAUAAUAGACCAAUCUCUUAAUCACGCGUUAAAAGUGAUCCACGAAAGGACCUUUAUGUGUUGUACAUAUUUUAUUGGCAUUGCUGUCGGAGUAUGUUAUCAAUAUCCUCUAUCGCUAUUAGACAUUAAGCUCUACAACGCUAGCGCUGCACGAGUGUUACACAUUGGGAGAGUUAAUCGAGAUUUUACUUUUCUUUCAAAAUAUCUUAAUUUACAUUUUAUCAGAAAAUGAAAAAAAGAAAGAUAAUAUAUAUAUAUAUAUAUAUGUAUACAUAUAUAUAUAAAAGAUUAUACUCACGAGAGGGAUGAUUCGAUGUGAGCGAACAGAUUAUUCUAUCAUUGUUGUAGAACAGACGUUAUGACAACACUCAUUCUAAACGAUGAAUUAAGAGCUAUCUGUUAACGUGUAAAAUUAUUGUAUCGCUAAUUUUAAGGAGGAAGAGAGCGAGUGAGAGGGAGAGAAUGCGGUCACUUGAGAUGUAUGACAAUAUUGUGAUAAGAGUACUAUACCUGAGGAUUACUUGAGUGUUGCAGACUAACGCUGAAUCACUCGUAGUUUUUAUGUGUGAGUGGGAAUCUUGAAGAGAAGUAUCUUGUUCGUGUAUAGCCAUUCAUAUUUUGUAUACUGGACAUUGAUAUAUUCUCAUAAGUAUACAUGUACACACAUACGAAGAUCACCAUGUAUUAGAGAAAAAGACAAAACAUACACUCUUGCGGAAAGUGCGUUGCGGUGAUCAUCGUAAUGGAUUAUAAAAAGAAAGAAAAAGAAAGAAGUUAUUUAUAAAACACACAUAGAAUGAGCUUGAAUUAUAAAUCUACAAGCAAAGGAACUAUCUAUCGUUAAUCAAAUUGCUUGUAACGACUGUUUAUGUCCUGUGCCAAAAAAGGAUCUUUGCUUUUCGAUUACGUUCGAGGCUGAAUUUUCUUCUUAAUAAUUCGUGAGUAUCAAAGGAGAUUUUAGCUAUGCUAUAUUCGGGGACUACGUUUAGGUUUUUGACCGAAAGUCAUAAGACUGCGUGAAUUUUCUCUCACCAUCCUUUGUAGCUUUGUAAUCAUCAGAGAGUGUCAGUUCGUUGGCAGUUGGCGCCAAGCGAGCGACUAUCUCAGUAGCUAAUUGAGUAGCUAAUUUAAUUUACACGAUAGAGCCGAGUCUUUCUUCGAAACUUUUACAAGUUCAUUUUUCGAGCUUUCCCUGUGCAUUAGAAUUUGCAAAGAAUCGACGUGGCAAGUCGGGAUAUUACGAGCAGUAUCGAAUUAAAUUUUACGUAAAAUCGAGAGAGCUAUGGAAUAGCGACUUCAAUGAAACUGAUUGUUAUAUCGCGGCGUGUGCAUUAUUAUUUUAUUUGUAACAAAGUUAUAAAUUAUAUUAUACUUGAUGACGAAAUGAGCGCAAAAUUGAGACUUGUGGAAGUUCCUCAGUAGUGCACUAGUAAAGUUUCAGAGAUGAUUCAAGUUAUGCUCGUAAUGAUCCAACCAUUAGCUUAACGAGCUAGUUAGCGGCGUACUUAACACCCGCGCGAAAGGAAAACUGGAGCGUGGCUGGAGAAAUGGCUUUCGAAUCGCAUCGGCGAGGGAAGCACAAGAAAUUUAUUUUUCUAAGUACUGUUCUAAAAAUAGAGCAACAUCGCCUACGUUGCAUUCGCAAAAACGAAUCUAGCUGAAUUGGCAGAACACGCCGAAUGUGCACCACGUAUGUCGAAUUACCAUGCUUUGUAUAUAUUCGACGUGUAGUCGUAUCGGAUGUGAAACACUCUCGCUAUUGCGAGAUUCUUUCUAGAUUUACUCGAGCGGAGAGAGUACUUUCUCCGACGUUCUACGGCGAAGAUUCUGAAUGAGACUAAAUAGAGAUGAAAGAGGCGCUCUCUGGAGAAGACGAAUUGACUAUAAAAUCGAAGAAGUAUUAUAUCGCCACUGUACAUAUGUAUAUUAACGAGCAAUGUUCUUCUUACUAAAUGUAUAAUGUGCAAUGCUGCGUAUCCAGAACGGUUUCUGCGGCAGCUAAGAUCUAGCGAUCAGAUGUUUAGACAGAUAUUUUCGAAGGAUCGAUCAGCGUCCAACGAAUUACGCAUCUGUGUCUAUUUUGAAAAUGGUACAAGUCACAUUUUGCGGUGUUCAAUUCUGUAAGAGGAUUAUGUCGGAUUUGAUUUUUUCCAUUUUCAAAGUGAACGACGUGGCGUGCUGAACGUUAAUACAGCAUGUUCGAUUACAAAUCCAUAGAGUGCUGCAUAUUUUCCGAUGAAUGUGACGUAUCUCUCGGUCACAGUCCAUACGCCAACGUGCAACAUUUCGCGAAUCUCUCCGAUUCGUGCAUCGAAAUAACGAUAGCGCAAUUAUGAUGGCCUAUUUUGGACAUGCGAUUCGGUGUAGCUGCAAUUUUUACGGCUAUGCGGCACACACACACACACACACGAGGACUCUGAUCGCAUUCGAAAUAUCGACUGUUACGUAGAGAUAAGAUAAGAAGAAAACGAGAAAGAGCAAAUAAUCGCGAGGCAACUGUGUCGAAUAUACAUGUAUGACAUAGUCUAUGUAUAAUUUAUUUUAUUCACAAAGGGAUUGUUACGACCACGACAACGUGUGACAAAUUAUAAUAUUGAAAUUCACGAUGUGUGUAUAUAUAUAUAUAUAGAGGUGCUCUCAUAUAUAUAUAUGAAUUUGUGGAUAUGCAUAUAUAUAUAUACAUAUGUGGAUAUAUAUAUAUAUAUAUACACAUAGUCGUGUAAAUGUGCGUGUAUUUCGAUUAAUUUAAAUCUUAUUGUUAGCUUUUGUGAGCGUUAGCAUUAAGGCAAACCAAGAGAAUAUGAUAAACGAAACAUAUUCGAAAACCAAUGGGGAAGAUAUAAUAUUGACGAAAAAUAUUCUGUUUCCGCGUAUCACGUGAAUGAUUAUUGCGUAUGAAAUCAGAAUAUAUAUUAUCGAGAUAGAUUCUAUAUAUUUGUGAAAUGCAAAAGAGAUAUAUAAGAGAUACAUAAAUAUAUAUUUUCGCACUCUUGUCGCGCUCGCGGCGAACAGAACAUUUUUCGCGAAAAUAUGCUUUUCGGUUGUGAUAUUUAUGGAAAAAUGUACGAAUAGCUGAACGCAUCUUGGGACAAGGUAGAGAAAGACAGAAAGAGAGAGAGAAGAGAGACAAACUGAAUAAAAGUUAUAUUUUUCCAGCA